GGAACUCCCCAAUCAGUCAAACUAAUCAUCUCAUUUACUUACUUACAUCCCUGCUGCAUUUCUGGCUUCUUAUCAAUCGAUCCGCCGUCCAUUUGAAACCAUUGCAAACUUACAUAGUUGGCAUAAUAAUACACUACACUCAUUCCUCCGGACACUACAUGCACAUCGUAAAUGCCGAGGAGGCUCAAAAUCUGCAAACGGUCCGUGUGGUGCUGUAAAAUUUCAUCCAGUGAUUGAAAGAUCAGGGAAACUUUAUACAUAGAUUUUUUUGCCCAUUUUUCUAUAAUAUCAAUAACCCAACAUUUAAAAUCCUGAGGCUCUUUAAUCCUAGUUCUUUAACGAUCAGCGCAGUAUUAAUAGAAUAUUCUAAAACUUUUACUACUACGUAAAGAAAAUUUUGAGUACUGGAAAGUUGAAACUAAUUUUUUUAGCAGUCUGCUGAAAAUUUUAUCCUUUGAUCGAUAAUGAUUAAUUUUAAAUCUGUGACCCUCUGGCUACUUCCUUUUGCGCUAAAUCUGGUACUACAGCAAUUAGUGCUAGUGGAAUGUAAAUCAACGAGGAAAGAUUCGUCUGUGUCUGGCCUGAAUCAAGCGUUGGACGGACUUUUGCUGAAACUUUAUGGUGACAUUGAGCCUCGGGAUGAAAUUCUAUGGAAUACUAAACAUGCGGAACAUGUCGGCGAUGAUAAUGCAAUUCAUUAUUCGAAUGAGUGGUUGGUGUACGUUCAGGAGAAAGAAGCCGCUGAUCGACUCGCUGCACAAAGUGGAUAUGAAAAUCUUGGGGAGCUUAAGGAAUUUCCUGGUGUCUACCUGAUGAGAAAUUCGAAUCAUCCCAGGAAACAUAAAAGGAGUGCACGGGAACUUACUCAACAACUACAAAACUAUCCACAAGUUGUAUGGGCAGAUCAACAAUUUUCGAAAUUUAGAGUGAAACGAGAUCCUCUAGAUUUGAUUCAUCUCGUGCAGAAUUUUAAGGUGGACAACUUUUUUAGACAAAACAAUCUCAACAUUUUCGGGAAUCUCGGAACCAAUAAUAGAUUUCAGGAUCCGCUUUGGGAAAAACAAUGGUACAUGCAAGAUACCAGGACUAGGAAAUCUUUACCAAGACUUGAUCUCAACGUUCUGCCAGUUUUUAGCAUGGGGUACACUGGGAAAGGUGUAAAAGUCGUCGUUUUAGACGACGGAUUGGAACACAGUCAUAUGGAUAUUUCACCAAAUUACGUGGCUAGCAUUAGUGGUGAUUUAAAUGACAACGACAACGAUCCCACACCUCACUACGGAUCUCAUCCAGAUAAUUCUCAUGGAACACGAUGUGCUGGUGAAAUCGCAAUGGUCGCAAAUAACUCUGUUUGCGGAGUUGGAAUCGCCUACAAUGCUGGAAUUGGAGGUGUUCGGAUGCUGGAUGGACCUGUGAGUGAUCGAGUUGAGGGAGAAGCACUGUCAUUUGCGGUGGACCAAGUGGACGUCUAUUCUGCUUCUUGGGGUCCGAAUGACGAUGGUCAGACGGUCGAAGGGCCUGGUCGCCUGGCUCAGAGGUCUCUCAUCAAGGGAAUUACUCAAGGGCGGAAGGGAAAGGGGAUAAUAUACGUGUGGGCGUCCGGAAAUGGUGGAUCUAAAGGAGAUUGUUGCAGCUGCGAUGGUUACACUUCGAGCAUCUUCACCCUGUCCAUCGGAAGCGCAUCCGAAUCUGGGGCUUUUCCCUGGUACGGUGAAAAGUGUCCCUCCACGAUGGCAGUCACCUAUUCUAGUGGGGCCUACACGGACCAAAAAUUGUAAUUGUUUUCUAUUUGAGCAACUACAGAUUUGAUGAAUCAGUGCACAACGAGCCACACAGGAACCUCUGCUUCCGCACCAUUGGCAGCCGGGAUAGUUGCGCUCGUUUUGGAAGCAAAUGGGCAGUUGACCUGGAGAGAUAUCCAGCAUCUGACGGUAUGGACAGCACAACCCGGUCCACUUCUGGACAAUCCAGGUUGGAGAACCAAUGCUGAGGGAUUCCAGUACAACUCCCGUUUCGGAUUUGGUCUCCUGGAUGCUCAUGGAAUGGUUAAAAUGGCUCUAAAUUGGACAAAUGUUCCACCGCAGAGGAUCUGUCGUGUCAAAUCACUUCCAUUGUCUGACCGGGUGAUUGACCCAAUGAAGCCAAAAAUCGUGGAAUUCAUUACGGACGCUUGUCGCGACACGGAAAACCAAAUCAACUUUUUGGAACAUGUUCAAGUGAUCACAACGGUCCAGUGCAGUCAACGUGGUGCACUGCAAAUUGAUUUGACUUCCCCGCAAGGAACUAUUACCAGGCUCCUUUUCCCAAGGAAGUUUGACUCCUCUGCAACUGGAUUCUCAGAGUGGCCUUUCUCCUCAACACACACGUGGGGUGAAAGUGCUGCGGGGAAAUGGAUCUUCAAUUUAACCGAUUCCACGGGAAAUCCACGUCACGAGGGAUUUUUGGAGAACGUGGAACUGAUCUUAUACGGAACACAAGAGCCAACUUUCCAAGCCUCGAAAGGGAGACGAGUGUAUCCACAAGAGUACAAGAAAAAGAGUUUGUUCCCACAUAACGAUGGAUUGAAACCUGGUGAUAGGUUGCAAGCCAUCUUGGACGAUAUGAACAAUUGGGUUUAAAAUUACACCCAUUAUUAUGGAAUGCUGUGGAUUGGGAAAUUGAGUAUUUUUGUAACAAAAUUCCAAAUUAUGAACAUGUAUCCUUGCAUUGUGUACAAUUCCUCGAUACCACGCUGUUUGUCAUAUGCGUACUAGUAUGAUUUUUAACUUUUACGACAGAUGUGAAUUUUUAAGAUAGCGUGUGUGGAGACAAACAUACUUUCGAUUUACUUUCGUGUAAUUUUAUGUAGGGAAAGCAUAUUGGUGAACUUAUUUAGCAACUUUUUAUUUUAAUAUUUUGACAUCUACACACGAUACAAAUCAAGAGUGAUAAAACUUGUUUCAAUUCUAGUCAAAACUAGUUAUUUUAAAAUCUGAGAAAAUUGGGUAUUAAUUAAAUUCACACCAACUGUGAAUGAAGAUGCAACUGUGAAAGUGUAUAAACGCACUUUAGCGAAGGCGUUGUUGAGCGUAAUGAAUAAGUAUGUAUCUUCAAAUCAAUGAAUAAAAAUUAAAUUGAACUGCAAUGAA